AGUAAGCAGCAGUGAGAGAGUGGAGAGAGCUUUUUUCGAUACAGACGUUGAAGAAUAGUGGAGAACAGAGAGCUGAGAGGAGGAGGAGGAGGAGGAGCAGAGCACUGUGGAGAGGUGUCAGCGGGAUUUAUGACUCAUUCAGACACAGAAGAGAAAGUUUAAUGGAGGACAAUAACACACUGGGCUGCUCUGCUGUCAUACCCUCCUGCUCAUUUAAACUGCAGCCGUGCUGAAGGGAAGACGAGACAUUGAUGACACAAUGACAACAUCCUCUGCCUCUUCAACCCCCUUCGCUUUAUCAGCCAACUCCUCUCUUCCUGUCCCCAUGUCAUCCUUCUCCUCUGCCCUUCCCUCCAUCUUCACCUCCUCGACGGUCACCCCAAACCAGGGGUGCUCAUUUAAUGACUCGGUCCUCCGCCUCCCGCUGGCGGUCUUGUACUCGCUCUUCUUCAUUUUUGGGCUGGUUGGGAACCUCUUCGCCCUGUGGGUCUUCCUCUUCCUACACUCAAGCCGCAACUCAGUGCGAGUGUUUCUCAUCAACUGUGCUGUGGCUGAUCUGGUACUGCUGACGUGUCUGCCCUUCAGGGUCUUCUACCACCUAAAUGGCAACAAGUGGGUGCUGGGCCCGGUUGCCUGUAAGGUGGUGGGGAACCUGUUUUACAUGAACAUGUACAUCAGCAUCACGUUACUGGGGCUCAUCAGCCUGGACAGAUUCUUGAGGUUGAAGGGGAAAAGCAGAACGCGCAGAGGUUUGAGGGUGACACUGUGGGGGUACAGCUGGCCCUGGAGCUGGGUAGCUUGUGGGGCUCUUUGGGGUUUUUCCCUGAUGGCACUGGUGCCCAUGGUCGCCACAGCAGAGGACAAAAACGACGAUGACAAACAAUGCUUCCAGUACAGACAGCGCAAGGACGAAGCCAAAGGGAAGGCCUACUUCAACGCAGUGCUGGUGGUGCUGUUCUGGCUCGUCUUCGUCAUGCUGGUGGUCUCCUACGCAAAGAUCGCCUCCCAGUUGCUGAGAGUGUCACGGGACAAGCCGGACCUCCCCAACGCUCAGAGAUAUGAACGAACAGCCAAGAAGUCCUUCUUCGUCCUCUUCCUGUUCACAGUCUGCUUCGGACCGUAUCACGCCUUCCGCCCUUUCUACAUCUUCUCACAGCUCAGUGGAUCAGAAUCCUGCGACUACUUGCAGCUGGUGGACCGCACCAAUGAGGUGAUGCUGUUACUGUCAGCAUUCAACAGCUGUCUGGAUCCCGUCAUGUACUUCCUGUUGUCUGGCUCAGUGCGCAAAACCGCCAUGCAAGCACUCGGAAAACGGCUGACCUUCCUAACCGACGCAACAUCAAACAGCUCAACGACAGAGUUCAGACGAUCAUCCGUGCCCAUCGCUUUACCAAACACUGGACUAAAUAACCCCUUACUCACCCCAAGAACAAGUAUCUGUGUCAUCAACUCCAACCUCCACCGCAUAGCACUGCCACCUACUGGCCAAAAGUGAUCACAAGUUUGUCUAAAGUAAGCCUGAAAACUGCAGAAAUAUAUCUCUGACUUUCCUUCUUCUACAUAUAUGUACUUCAAUUCUUAGUGAAAGUGUUGAAUAAAUGAUAUUUUAAUACUGA